AUGGGGUUUCGCAUCACCACCUGGAACGUCAAUGGAAUUCGAAACCCAUUCUCCUAUGAGCCAUGGAGAGGGACGAAGACUUUCGAGUCUAUGUUUGAUAUCCUCGAAUCUGAUAUCGUGGUUUUUCAAGAAACCAAGAUCCAACGAAAGGACCUGCGAGAUGACAUGGUCCUGGUACCCGGAUGGGAUUGUUACUUCAGUCUCCCUAAAACCAAAAAGGGCUACUCCGGAGUCGUAAUAUACACGCGCAACGCGACGUGUGCUCCGAUCCGCGCCGAGGAAGGCAUCACGGGGGUUCUUUGUCCUCCAAACUCUUCAACCUCCUUCCGCGACCUGCCGGAAGAGCAGCAGAUUGGCGGCUAUCCAACACCUGAGCAGCUCUCACGGCCCAGUACCCUAUCAAGCGAUAGCUCGGGAGAAGAAAAUGAUGGUGAAAGCACACCAGCCGAACCUAGUGAUGCCGCAACCCUCGACUCUGAAGGACGAUGUGUCAUUCUCGAGUUUCCCGCAUUUGUACUCAUCGGAACAUACUGCCCUGCAUACCGAGAUGAAAGCCGUGAUUCGUUUCGAAUGGACUUUCUCAAUGCGGUCGAUGCCCGAGUCCGGAAUCUCACCGCUAUGGGCAAACGCGUGUUCCUGACUGGUGACAUCAACAUCUCCAAGUGUCCUAUCGACUCUGCGCAUGCUAUUGAAGGUAUUAGGAAAUGCUCAACCACGGAGGAUGAGUUUUUAUCUAGUCCGCCCCGGAAACUUUUCAACGAGUUGCUCUCGGAUGGAGUGGUGGUUGGAAAGCGUGGGGCCGGUCGCGAAAAUCCGGUUCUCCAUGAUAUUUGCAGGUCGUUCCACCCUUCUCGUGCAGGCAUGUACACUUGCUGGGAUACGCGACUAAACACUCGGCCUGGGAACUACGGCUCGAGGAUUGACUACGUGCUCUGCAGUCUGGAAAUGAAAGAUUGGUUUUCUGACUCCAAUAUACAAGAAGGCCUGAUGGGCUCUGACCAUUGCCCGGUUUACGCUCUCUUCAAGGACCGAGUGUCUCUUGGAGGGGAAGAAGUUCAUAUCCGUGACCUCGUGAACCCGCCGGGGUUAUUCAGAAAUGGCGAGCGACAACACGAGUAUACCUCACGGCUCAUCCUCACAUCAUCUGGACGGUUACUCCCCGAAUUCGAUGUCGAUAGAAGGCGAAGCAUCAAAGACAUGUUCUCUCGGAACACCCCAAGUGCGCCAAAGGCGAUACCUGUCCCCACUCCCCCCACAGCAUCUACACCCAAAGAGGCUAGAGAUUCUCCGCCUAUAUCUAUAAACGAAAGCGCAGCAAAAUCAACCCGCAAGCGAUCCCAGCCACCCCCCAUAUCACCUGUCAAGCGUUCGAAAUCCACCCUGUCCUCGUCCGCGGCCUCGUUAUCAGGCCAAAAAACCCUCGCCGGCUUUUUCAAGCCGAAGCCUACCCCCAGUGGAACCGUAUCUACAUCAGCAACAGCCUCCGAUUCUCGCCGGGAUGUAAUGCCUUCCACCGCAAGUGAUGCGUCGCUCCAAGUCGACUCGGAGGCGAACCCCCAGCAUCCCAACGGCGACCCAUCCACUCAAUAUCCAACCAGCCAGUUGCACAGUCAGGUCGAGGACGAUACCGUGAUUGACCCGAUCGUUAGUAAAGAAGAUUGGACGAAGUUGUUCACCAAGAAACCGGCGCCGAAGUGUGACGGGCACCAAGAGCCAUGUAUCAGCUUGACCACAAAGAAACCAGGGAUCAAUCAAGGACGGGCGUUCUGGAUCUGCCCCCGGCCACUUGGUCCCAGCGGCGAGAAAGAAAGGGGAUCACAGUGGCGAUGUCCGACAUUUAUCUGGUCCAGCGAUUGGAAUCCAUUGUCCCAGCAGGAACCUUAA